AAACCCUAUGGGCAGGACUGGUCUUGGGGGUAGAGGGCGCUUGGGUCGAUGGGGCCCAAAUCACGCUGCGGAUCCCAUAGUAACACGUUGGGCAAGGGGCCAAGAUGGUGAGAAGAUCCUUGAACCAAACUCUGAAUUGCCAAUUUUGGAAUUUGUUGCUGUACUGAGAGCUGAUUCUGACCAAUGGGCAAUUCCUGGAGGAAUGGUGAGAGCUGAUGAGAUUGUCUCAGUCACACUGAAGAGAAGAUUCACAGAAGAAGCUCUGGAUGCAGCAAACAUGAAUGACAAGGAAGAAACAAGGAUAAAACUCAAAAUUGCAAGAUUUUUUUCGAAGGGUCUUAAGAUUUAUGUUGGUUAUGUGGAUGAUCCCAGAAACACUGACAAUGCAUGGAUGGAAACCAGUGCAUUCAAUUUCCAUGAUGACUCUGGUGACAUUGUUGGAAAAUUGAAUUUCAAACCUGGUCUUGACACAGGCUCACAAGAUGUUCAGUGGCGGAAGUGUUCUUCUGAAUUGAAAUUCUAUGCUUCACAUGCUCAACUGUUGCAAAAAGUCUGUCAAUUACAGCACGCUCACUGGUAAAUUGAAUGAAAUUCUUGCUUUCACCCUGAAAUCAAGAACCACUAUUGUGCAAUUUAAUUCCUAGGAAAGAAAAUUUAAUUUAUAAAAAAUAUAGUUCAAACUGAAUUGAAGAGUCUGACAGACAUU